GAUAAGAAUUUGUAUUGGGGCGUAACAGUGUGAUUAUCACAUGAGUCGUUUCUUGCGGCUCCAUCGCACUUGUUUCUCCUUUAGUUUUGUGGUUCCUUAGUAUCAGGCCAGUAAAAAGACGUAUAAAUCGACUUUCGAAUGCCUGCACCGAUCGAAAACACCGAAGAUUGGACUCCGGAAGAUCAACGUCAAAAAAUUAGUGAACUUGACGAUAAUGUGGUGGAUGUUACAGGUUAUUCGAUAUCAUAUGUACGAACCAUCUUUACGUACAUUGGCAUCAUUUUCACCUGUGGACUGCUGAGACUUGUCUUUCACUGGUUCCCUCAUUGGAUGCUAAUAUGCAUGAAUAAGGAAUGUGCUUUAAUAAAAGCCGAGAAGAUACUUGUCAAAGAUGUCCACGGUGUUCGCUACAUACAUGACGUGGUUGUUGAAAUAACUGGAACAGCAGGUUGUGCUAAACCCUCUUGCGUUCGAAAAACUGCCUCGUUCAUGCUGUCGCAAGUGUCAUGUUCUGAAAAAGAGGGCAAGAUGAUGUGUUACUUCGUUCAUAAAUGUGUAAGGUAUGUAUGGGACAGCAAGACUAAUCGCUUUGAGCUUCCAAGGAGCUGGCAUGAAACUACAUAUGAAGAAAUUCUGGACUCUAAGCCUUUGAAUAACGAAACAGUCCUUAUGAAUCGUGCGUUGUAUGGAAUGAAUGAAAUAAGUAUCAAUCUUACUUCAAUUGUCAGGCUACUACUUGAUGUGUGCUUGAAUCCAUUCUACUGCUUCCAAAUAUUCAGUUGUAUUUUGUGGUAUUCUGAUGAGUACUGGAUGUACGCUACUUGUAUUGUUGUUAUUUCAAUUAUGUCACUAUCAUGGCAGGUUUAUGAACUACGUAGAAACGAAAAGACUCUUAAAGAAACUAUGUGUAUAUCCUCUUCUGUAAUCGUUUAUCGAGAGGAAGAUGGGGUUAAAGAAUUCAAAGAAGUGGAUUCCAUUUCAUUAGUUCCCGGUGAUAUAAUUGAAAUUCCACAAAACGGGUGUCUGGUUCAAUGUGAUGCCAUCUUACUAGCAGGAAACUGCAUAGUAAAUGAAAGUACAUUGACCGGUGAAAGUGUUCCAGUUACCAAAAUUCCCUUACCCGAUUCACCAUCAAAGGGUACGUUAUUCGAUAUCAAAGUUCAUGGUCGGCAUAUUUUAUUUGCUGGUACUACUGUUAUUCAAACAAGAAAUUAUGCAGAUGAGCGAGUUCUGGCUGUUGUUGCACGCACUGGCUUUUACACUGUCAAGGGUGAGCUUGUACGGUCAAUUCUGUUUCCGAAACCUCUAAAAUUCAAAUUCACCCAAGAUUCCUUCCGGUUUAUUUUUGCUUUGUCUAUUCUUGCUGUGAUUGGUUUGGGAGUUUCAAUCUACUUAAUGAUCAGAGUUAAUGUUGGUGUUGAUGACAUUAUCCGUCGAGCGUUAGAUUUAGUUACUGUGGUGAUACCACCAGCCCUACCUGUUGUGAUGACAGUAGGCGUUGUUCUGGCUCAACGACGUUUGCUAUCGCAUGGGAUUUUUUGUGUCAAUCCAACUGUGAUCAAUGUUUGUGGAGUAAUCAAUGUAGCUUGUUUUGAUAAAACGGGUACUUUAACAGAAGAUGGUUUGGAUAUGUGGGGUAUCAUUCCUUAUGAAGAUGGUUUAUUUGGAGAUCCGGAAUUAGAACCAUCAGAGUUGGAUAAUGGUCCUCUAAUGGAAUGUUUAGCGACUUGUCACUCAUUGACAUUAAUUGAAGGAGUUCUGUGUGGAGAUCCUCUGGACUUAAAGAUGUUCCAGUCAACUAAAUGGGAACUCAUUGAAGAAGCUGCUGACCACUGUAAAUUUGAAAUGGCUGUCCCUGCUAUCGUACGUCCAUCUAGUAAAACCAGUUUGAUGGAAAAGACUUCUGGAAAAUUCAAUGGUGAUGAUAUUCCAUAUGAAGUGGGUAUUGUACGUCAAUUUCCAUUCAGUUCUUCAUUACAACGUAUGUCUGUGAUUACUCGUGCUCUCAAUCAAAAUCAUUUCAAUAUCUAUACUAAAGGUGCACCUGAAACUAUUGAAUUAUUGUGCAGAUAUGAUACUAUUCCUAGAGAUUUCCAUUCUACUCUGUUGGAAUACACACGUGAAGGUUAUCGAGUUUUAGCGUUAGCUUGGAAACCAUUGAAAGCAACCUAUACAAAAGUUUUACACGUAUCUAGGGAGCGCGUUGAACAGAAUUUACGAUUUCUUGGUCUACUAAUCAUGGAGAACCGUUUGAAACCGGAAACAACUCAAGUGAUUGAAACUUUAAGAUAUGCCAACAUUCGACCUGUAAUGGUAACUGGUGAUAAUAUGUUGACUGCAUUGUCAGUAGCUCGAGAUUGCGAGAUGAUCGAUGAACUGGAUCGUAUUAUUCUUGUGUCUGCAAAACCACCACCAUUUCCUCGUCAUGUUCAGUCAUCUAGUCCGAAUGAUUCUGUAACUUGUUCUACCAAAGUUGAUCUACCCAGUGAUCAACCACACAGUCAUACUUCUUCAAAUCAUGUUAGUUUACCAUUUGUUUCGUUAACACAAUCACAAGGAACAAGAAACAACAAUAGACCACGUACACACUCAAGUUUUAAUGCAGCAAAUUCUUUAUUUGAGGAAAACUUCUUCAAUCAACAAUACGAUUCAUUAGUUGAAUUUCAUUAUGCUGAAGAUUUACACAAACCAGUCACUGAAGUGACAGCUACAACUGAAACAAGAACAACGAGGAAGUCUCAUAGAUCUCAACCUGUUAAUAAUACUUCGACUGAAACUGAUGUUGAUCCGCACAGAUUCUCUGUAAGGAGUAGUAGGAAAUCUCGAAAAUUGAUGCAUCGCUUGUGUGAAGAUGUUCCAUGUGUUUCACGGGGAUGUGAACAGCAUUCCUCACCGUCUUCAAGUUCGCUGACAGAUAUAACUGCGGUGCCUAAUGUUUCAGUGAAUGGUCAUCCUCGUGCUUCUUUAUCCGAUCAUCAACAACAUCACCACUAUGAAGGAAGAAAGAGUGGAUGUUAUUCGAAAGAUGAUUUGCAUUCAGUAACAAAUCGUCGUUUGAAUCCCACUCAUUCUGUAUCUAUACGGAUGCUCGAUCGACCUGAUUUCCACCUAGCUAUGUCUGGCAAAACGUGGGCGAUCAUACGAGAAUAUUAUCCCUGGCUUAUACCAAAGCUUGUAGUCAAGGGUACUGUGUUUGCUCGUUUUCGUCCGGAACAAAAAGCUCAACUGAUUGAAUCACUUCAAUCAGUUGGUUAUUUUGUUUCAAUGUGUGGUGAUGGCGCUAACGAUUGUGGUGCAUUGAAAGUAGCACAUGCUGGAAUUGCAUUAAGCGAAGCUGAAGCCAGUGUUGCUAGUCCUUUCACAUCGAAGCAACAAAAUAUUAGUUGUGUGCCUACACUUAUUCGUGAAGGUCGUUGCGCGUUGACUACUAGUUUUGGUGCAUUUAAAUUUAUGGUCGGUUAUUCAAUGAUUCAAUUUUUCUCUGUUAUACUUUUAUAUUAUAUUGGCAGUAAUAUUUCUGACCUGCAAUAUACGUUUAUCGACUUUUUUCUCAUUACCACUUUGGGUCUCACGUUUGGUUAUACUCCGGCGUAUCCUCGUCUCUCGGUGGAACCUCCUGCGAUGCGACUAGUGUCAACUGUGACCUUGUUAUCAUUGGGUUUGCAGUUACUCACUUGUGGUCUUGUACAAUUUUCAGUCUUUGUGUUUACUCGACUACAACCAUGGUAUUUACCACUGUUUACUUAUCAUGAAGAUUAUGAAUUAAAAAAUUAUGAAAGUACGGCCAUAUUCUCCGUAUCUGUCUAUCAAUAUAUCAUAUUGGCUAUUGUAUUCUCUAAAUCUGCACCAUAUCGUCGAUCAAUUCUUUCUAAUCGUAAGUUGUUUCUUUCUAAUUAUUGUCUUAUAUUGUCCAAAUUAUUAUUAUUAUUUGUUUGACCUCUCAUGAUUGGAUUGGUAUUUUAACAAUGAAUUCGUUUUCUGACGACUGCCACCAGCUAAUACGAAACCUAGGUUUGGUGUUUCCGGUUGAUUGUUUGUAAUACCAGAAGACAGUUUAUGCAAUGACAAUUCAUUUAGACUAGAUGCAAGUUUCCAACUUAGUCGAUGUUAAUCAUUACACUGUUAAUAGGAGUUCAGUUGUUUACGACAAUCUUCUUGAGGAUCAUAAGAAAAAAAUUAAGAGAUGAUAAUUGACUAAGACUAUUGUAUUUUCGUAUAGAUGAUAUGUUCAUUUUGUUGUGAUCUGAUGUGUCAAUCAGGACAGUCGUACUGGAAUUGAAAUGUGUGAAACUUUUGAAUUGUAACUGUCUUGACUCACUAGCUCAGUGCAUAUCGGAUUGAGCGUUUGAAGCGUAGGCAUUGUGUUCGGGUCACAAUGUGAAGAUCAACACUGGGAUGCAGGUAUAUCCAGUUGAUGAGUGCCAUGGAGGACGGAAUGCGUGCUCUAAAUUCCACUGUCAGCCACAAUCCUCCUAUUGUUUACAACCUUCAUAAUUUCUCCUUGUCUUUACUAUUGAUCAAGACAGACAACAGUAUGGAUUUCUCUUUUAAUCACAAUCAUAAUAUGUGUAUUGUUGCAUGUAAUACAUGGUUAUAUUAUGCAUAAGCUUCAAGAAGAUGUUGAUAAUUUUAAGCAGAUAUUUUUUUCACUGUGGUUGUAACUAAUACGCGAUUGCCAUUUUCUCUAUGACUUUCCAAUUCCAUAGAUUUAUUGGUUGUCAACCUUAUUGCAUGUAUUGCUGGAUCCUUAUACUUAACAUCUCAUCCAGCCCGUGUGGUUCGCAAAUUAUUCGAAGUAAGAUUUCGGUGAAGGACGAAACACUGUGUCAUAGUUAUUCUUAUUAAUUGCAGAUUAAUUAUAUUGAUUUUCGUUGAUUAACAAUAUACUGGCCAUUCUACUCUUUAAACUAUAUGCAUUCGCCGCGAGACCUGAAGUAAGGGUCGUGUGUUAAAUCCCUGGAGUGCUUGUGUGUACGCACUUUUGAGAUGUCCACUACGUGGCCAAAACAGCUGUCUGGUGCCUCCUGGUUUUUUAAUGAUACUCCAAUCAAAAUCGAUCUAAGACGAAUGCAAUCUAUGAAAGAAGUGAUUUUCUGCUUUAUUGUUUUCAUAUAUUUUUAGGUUACCUCAGUUUUAUUUUGUUAUCCUUUUGUUUAUUGAUAUAAAGCUUAAUUUCAUCCUAACAAUUCUUAACCACAAUUAUUCCGUUUUCCCAAUGAAUGAAUGAUUGUCUGUUUGAAAUAGCUGGCAAACAUUCUUCUGAUUGUUUAAUUCGAACGAAAGUAUGUAUUUCUAACUGAUGUAUAGGGCUCGAAUUCCAUUGGCAUCAUCAUUAAUGGUGUUAUAUUGUGGAUGAUGCUAACUAGCAUUUUCCAUCACUGACUUCUUAGUAUUUGUUGUGCAAAUGGUUUAGGUGUGAUUACUAGACAGGAGAAUCUUCUGAAAAACAUUCCAUAAAAGAGUUGGACAGUUUUCUGGAUAAUGAUUUACAUUUCUGACAGACUCUUUAGAUUGUAUGUAAUGUUAUUGGUUUUUAUAUUUUAUUUCCAGCUGUGUCGUUUCCCUUCAGUUUAUUUUGUAAUAAUUCUUCAUGGAAUAGUAUUGGGGAAUUUACUAUUUGGAUAUAUUUUGGAAUCGAUCGUUGAUGGCGUUUCAUUUCGACAACGAAUACGUCAUAUUCAACAUGCUUUAUUUCCCAAACAUGUUUCACGUAAAGACUAUGAACACAUUCGUGAUGAAAUAGGUAGAUUAGCUGGAGUGUGGCCACCAAUUAUACGAUCUGCUAGUGUGCAAACGUUACCAAGUGAGUUGUUCAGUGAAAGUGAUGUUGUUGGACAAACUGUACAAACAUCAAGAAAACGCUAUAAUUCAAGACUUUCAACUGACAGAGAAUCUGAUGAGGAUUGUAUCCCAGUUACUUCUGAGGAGAAGGCUGUCCUGUGUAAUAGUUUACGUGAUAAUAAUAUUAUUCAUCAACAAGUACAAUUACAUUACAAUGCUCAAUCUCCAUUUCAACCGUCUUGUGUUUUUGAUACUAUGCCGAAAAGUGCGAUCGAAAAUUCAUUUAACAAGAAUCGGACACGUUCUACUAGCACCCAUAAUCGCCAUUCAUUUAACACUACGAGAAGCCUUGGAAGCAAAGGUAUCAAACGCAAUACUUCUAAGGAAAACAGUUCUACACAACAAAUGCCUGCAGCACAUCAAAAACUGGAGGUCGGAGCUCUUACUCCGACUCGACGAGCUAAACAUAUUCGAUCACAGAGUGGGCCAAAACCACUUAGUUCAAAUACCGCCGACGUUCAGUCGGACCCAUUCCAAUAAGCUACCUACCACUGAUAGGAUAAGUUUGUCGGGAGAUCACACGUUGUUAGUCUUUCGAUGUAUAAUAUUUACUGUUAUCAUCAGCAGACGAUUUCAAAUCAAUAACUGUAUUUUCUCCUAAAUCGCUGUGCACAAUAUGAAUUGCUUUUUUCUCCUGUCCCUAAUUCGGAUGGUUCAUUUUCUUUUAACUCUUACGUUAACCUGUGAAAAUCUUCCUGUCAGAUCACGCUUUGUCUCUCUCUGUUAUAUUAGCAAGAAUAGUAACCAGAAACAUAUGUAAUUCAUCCAUCUCAAUUUUCAUUCUUAUUCAUUAUCGUUUUACUGAAUAGAGCAGAACUAUCAGUUUUAGACAGAAAACAAAAGAUCUUUCAUUGUCGAUAAUCUUCUCGUUUACGAAUGUUGUUUUCAUUUUUUUUUCACGACACUUGCGGUCUAUCAGUAAUCCCAUUACUAUAUUAUCCGCUCACUCUAGAGAAAACCAACUGUCUAAUUGAGUAGACCGUACUAUCGCGUAUUUUGUGAUUUAUGACUCGAAUAGGUAAGAAAUAUCUCAAUUCUGUUUAACUCAUGAUUCCUAUGAAUUACCAUUUUGUGUAUUUCGUAAGCAUCAAGUGAACUAAAAGUGGAACAGACUGACUGACGAGAGGGUUCAAGGAAUUCAUAGUUUUCCCCCCUUACUAUGUGAUCUUGCAAAUUAUCUAAUGUGUUUUAUGCCAUUUUAUUUUUUAUUUCCAUGUGUAUGUUAUGUUCAGUUGUUAAAGAUUUUUUCUUUCGUUUUUCUCUGUCUAUAAAAUCGAAGUGAUAUUUUUCUUUGAGCACGAAUGUGAUGAUACAUUGUUCAUAAUCAUAAACAAUAUUUAAUUUGAUUGUUUUACUAUAA